AUGUCUUACAAUUACUGGGAGCAAGAUUCUGAACUAUACAAACAAAUCGCAGCAUCACUAGCAGAGCAAUCAGAAGCAACCACCGAUGAUGUGCAUUUGGGACGUUCUUCUGCGCCAGAAAAUCAGCCAGAAUCACACUUGCCCGACUUUCUCUCUGUUUGCGGAUGGAGUGAUGAUCACGGGUCAUGCAACAACACUGUUAACGUGACCAGGAUCGGAGAGCACAUGUUAUCAUGCCAUUUCAAGUCCCCUUUGCGCGCCGACAGCCGUUUGGAAUGUCGGUGGAAGGGCUGCCAACUCCGAAAGCCUAUACGGCGAGAUACAAUGGUUCGCCACAUCGUCGAGAAGCACCUCGGAGUUAAGUAUCGAUCCAAGCACCAAGCGGCUUCUUGUGCUACGAUGUAUCGGUCCCCGUCGAUCUCGUAA